AUGGCCGCCGCAGAGCGCGGCAGGACGGUGUUCGUGCGCAACAUAUCUUACGAUGUAGACGAUAAGGUUCUCGAGGAGGCAUUCAACGACGUGGGGCCGGUGCGGCAGGCCUUUAUCGUAAAAGACAAGGGCGAACAGCGCCACAAGGGCUACGGGUAUGUGCAGUUCGCCAUCGAAGAAGAUGCCGAGCGGGCCGUGAAGGAGCUGCACGGCCAUGCACUGCAAGGCAGAAGCAUCAAGGUCGAGUUUGCUGCAAAGCGCGCGUCGUUCGAGGAGCGUCGCUCCAAGCGCAAGCGGGACGGCGGCGCCGGCGCCGGCGCCGGCGACGAUGCCGUGGCCGGUGCGGGCGACGGCGCGACACCCGGGGCGGACGGCGCGCGCGGCCUCCCCGCGGUAGUGGCGGCUGCGGCGGCGGACGGCGCGCAGAAGCGGCAGAGGAGGCAGCCGAGCGCACAGGACCAAGCCGUUGCGAUCGAAAAGCACCUCCUAGUAAGGACAGUCGCAAUCGGCAACCUCAGCCCCGCCACCGCGCCCGCCGCGGCCGCCGUCGCGCGCAUCGCCGGCGACGUCGAGCGCGUGACCGACCCCGCGCCGGACGCUGACGUGGCGCGCGCCCACCUGGCCGCCGACGGCUGCGGCGGGCACGUGCUGUUCGUGCUGUACCCGUCUGUGCGGGAGGCGGAGGCGGCUGUGACGCGCCUGCAUGGCCUGCCUAUGGCCACCGAGGCCGAGAUCCGAAAAAUUCUCGAGCCGGCCGGCUUUGUGUGGGCCCUCGACAUCCCAAAGGGCCCAGAUGGCCGCGUCAGGGGCUUUGCUUUCGCCUCUUUCACAGGGCCCCGCGACGCGUCCAAGGCGAUCCUCCUCGCCAACGGCGCGCAGCUGCGCAAGCGCCAGCUGGCGGCGGACUGGGCGGUAGGGAAGAAGCUGUACGAGAAGCAGGAGGAGCGCGGCGGCGGCGGCGGCGGCGGCGGCAAGGAUUUGGAGGAAGGCGGCGGCGACGACGGCGGCGGCGGCAGCGGCAGCGGCGAUGAGGGGGAUGGCGAGCUGGAGUCUGGGUCCGAGGACGGAUCUGAUCCGGGAUCUGAGGGGGCGUCGGAUGAGGAAGCUUCCGAGGGGUCGGAGGAGGAGGAGGGGGAGGAGGAGGAGGAGGGUGAGGAGGAGGAGGAGGAGGGGCAGCAGGAGGAGGAGGAGGGGGAGGAUCCGGAUUUGGGGCGCGAGCGCGGCAUGAUGCGCAGCGUCUUAGACGGCCUGCUGGCGUCUGAGGGGGCGGACGGCGGCAGCGGCGCCGGCAGCGGCGGCGGCGCGAAGGGCAAGGGCGCGGGGCAGCAGCAGCCUCAGGCCAAGGCAGGCGCCGCGGCGGCGGCGGGG